AUGAACUUCCCUAGCAAUGUACGUUCAUUCCUUUAUAACUUUACAAAUUCGGAGAAUAAAAGAACUUUCUCAACUUCAUCAGCUACUUCUCAAAAUGACACAAGUAAUCCUGUGGCACCGCGAGAACCACUCAUCCAUAAACCAAAGAAAAUCCCGGUUUACGUUAAUGUAUAUGACAUGCUUCCAAAAGGCAAAGUAACUGAUUUUGGUUACAAGAUAGGAGUAGGGAUUUUUGAUAAUAAUUCAGGAGUAUUUCAUUCUGGCGUGGAGGUAUUAGGCAGAGAAUAUAAUUUCGGCGGACAUGUAUAUGAUUACACGGGGGUGUUUGUGACGAAGCCUAAAACAGGGUUUCCUAAUGUUACAUUCAAAGAAUCAAUAAAGAUGGGUCACACUGAACUAGACAAAGAAGAAAUUAUACGGACUGUUAAUGAGUUGUCACAGGAGUAUCGAGGGAACACGUAUAACUUGUUGACAAGAAAUUGUAAUCAUUUUUCGGGUGAGUUAUGUAAGAAACUUUUAGGAAAAUCCACCCCUGGUUGGAUAAAUCGGGCAGCAAAGCUUGGAACCUUUUUCCCAUGUAUGGUGCCUAGCGGAUGGAUUGAACCGCCGGAAUGCGAUGAAACGACUGUAACACAAUCAGAACAACAGCAACCUUUACCACAACAUAUGAAUCAUAAUAAUUCGUUAUUAACAGCAUCCUCUUCCACAACAUAUGAAUCAUACAAUUAA